UAUAGGUUUUUUAUUCAAAUAAAACAUUGUAAAUAAUAUUAAAUUAAACAAGAUUAACAAUAAAAAAUUAAAUAAAAGAUUUACUUAAUUUUAUAAUGAAUAAAAAAAGCGAAAAAGUAAUGCCAGGUGAUGGUUUACGAUCUUUAAAAAGUACAAUAUUAUUUCGUACAAUUAAUUAUGAAUUAUAUAUUAAACCGAAUAAAAUAAUAAUGAUUUUUGGAACCAUUGCAAUGUUUGGUUGUGUAGGGUAUAUUGUUUAUAUGCAACAUAAUUCUAAUAAUAAAAAAUACUAUUCUGUAAUUAAUUCUAAUGGAACAAUUGAUUUUAAAAAGAAAAUAUCAAAAUGGACAAUGUAAUUUACAUAUUUUUUU